UUACACUUCUCUUGAGUUUAAUUAUCCUUAAACUGCAAGAAAAUAAUCACAGAAAAAAGUACAGAGCCUUUUACAGUGUUCCAUCUCCUCCAACACUUCCAUUCAUUGGAAACGUGCACCAGAUUUUAGGAAAAAAUUUUCUGUCUGGCAUUAAUUAUGUUAUGAACAAUUGUGAAUCGACAUUGGUGUACGUUCCAAAAAGGCUUUACAUAACGUCAAUAGCGGAGGAAAUUAAAAUUAUAUUAAACCAUCGGAAUUCGUUCAAUAAAAGUGAAGAUUAUAAUUUACUAAAAUUUGUUUAUUCAAAAAGCUUAUUUACGGCAGAAGCUGCUGAAUGGAAGAGAAGUAGAAAAAUUAUUUCAUUUCCAUUAAAUCAAAACGCCUUAGUAUCGUUUGUUGACAUAUUUUAUGAAAAGAGUUGUAGUUUAGUUGAGACUCUUAAGAAUAAAGAUUUUGAUUGUCACGACAUAUAUCACACCUUUGGAUUUUUUAUAGCAGACGUAUUUAUUGUGGCUAAUUUUGGAAUUGAAGAAGACUUAAAUAUGGAUUUCGUUAAACUUAUUUCUGAAGGACAAAGGAUUAUAACUAACAGAGUGGCAAACAUAUUCAAAUGGAAUGACUAUUUAUUUUCCUUAACGUCGGAGGGAAAACGAACAACCGAUAACAAAAUGGUAGCGAUGAAAUUAAUAGACAAAUGCAUCAAACAAAGGAGGAACGAGAAAAAAUAUUUGAAUGGUGAAAAGUUAUGCCUGUUAGAUCACCUCAUAAACGAGGUGGAAAAGAAUAAUCUGGACGAAGAAUAUAUUAAAGAGGAAAUCCUUUUCGUUGCCUCAGCUGCAAUGGACGCCACCGCUUAUUCACUCGCUUAUACUUUAUGUUUGUUGGGAAUUUAUCCAGAGAUUCAAAAUAAAGUACACGAUGAAGUUACGAAAAUCGUGGGUGACAAUAAAAUAACAUACAAAACAGCAACCCAACUAAAAUACACUGAAAUGGUUAUAAACGAGUCUCUGCGAUUAAUGCCCACAGUACCGUUUAUCGGUAGGAAAACUUCUGACGACUUAAAUUUAGGGAACGUUGUUGUACCUCCAAACACAAACAUGUUGGUCAACUUUUUCGCAUUGCACAGAAAUCCUAAAUAUUAUCCGGAUCCGACCCGUUUUGAUCCGGAACGGUUUUCACCCGAGGAAAUAGCUAAACGGCCACAGUAUACUUUUCUCCCAUUUUCCGGAGGGCCCAGAAAUUGUCUCGGUUCCAAAUACAGUUCGUUAUUAACAAUUACAGCCAUCGCUAACGUAAUCAGACAUUUUCAAGUGACGACCAAAUACAAAUCGUUCGACGAAUUGGAAUUCGACUACAACAUCGUUUUGGUAACUCCGGAACCUCUGGAUUUGCAUUUUAAUUUGCGCUGAACUAUGA